GAAGAUUUCUAGAGUGGAAACUUUGGAUAUUGCGUUACGUUGAACUAUGAUCGGCCGUCUCCCAGCCAUCGUAAUUGAUAAUGGCACAGGAUACUCUAAAAUAGGUUAUGCUGGGAACACAGAACCUCAGUCAAUCAUUCCUUCUUGCAUUGCCGUAAAGGAAUACAGUAAAGUUGGCACCAGAGAAGUUAGACGACUUGGAACUGGUUUAGAUGAUUUAAAUUUCUUCAUCGGAGAUGAAGCACUCGCUCUCGAGGGAAAAAAUGACUUCUCAGUGAAGUGGCCUAUUCGUCAUGGUAUUAUUGAAGAUUGGGACUUAAUGCAACGUUACAUGGAACAGCUUAUUUUCAAACUACUUCGAGCAGAGCCUGAAGAUCAUUAUUUUCUUUUGACAGAACCACCAUUGAAUACACCAGAAAAUCGUGAAUACUUAGCUGAAAUCAUGUUUGAAACGUUUAACAUUCCUGGUCUUUAUAUCGCUGUACAGGCUGUAUUAGCGUUGUCAGCUUCAUGGUGUUCUAAUCGAACUGGCAGUCGUUCACUUACUGGGACGGUUAUCGAUUCAGGUGACGGUGUUACUCAUGUGAUUCCUGUAGUCGACGGUUAUGUCAUUGGAUCUUGUAUUAAACAUAUACCAAUAGCUGGACGUGACAUUACUUCUUUCAUUCAACACCUGCUUAGAGAACGUGAAAAUAACAUCCCACCAGAACUGAGCAUGGAGGUUGCUAAACAAAUUAAAGAACGUUAUUCAUAUGUUUGUCCUGAUUUACCUAAAGAAUUUUCUAAAUAUGAUAGUGAACCAGAUAAAUGGAUUAAACCACAUAUUGUAUCUAAAUCAGCUAAAUAUCCAUCAUUUUCUGUUGAUGUCGGUUAUGAACGUUUCUUAGGUCCAGAAAUAUUUUUUCAACCUGAAUUUGUUAAUCCAGACUUUACAACUUCAUUAAGUGAUGUUGUCGAUGAAGUAAUUCAGAAAUCACCAAUUGAUUCACGUCGUGGACUUUAUGGUAAUAUUGUUUUAUCAGGAGGCAGUUCAAUGUUCAAACAUCUUGAUCGUCGUUUACAACGAGAUAUUAAACGAAAUGUUGAUAAUCGUUUAAAAUUAACAGAAGAACUUACUGGUGGACGAGUUAAGCCGAAAUCUAUUGAUGUUAAAGUAGUUUCACAUCCUAUGCAACGUUAUGCUGUUUGGUUUGGUGGAUCAGUACUGGCUAAUGAACUUGACUUUUCAAUUUUCGUAUAUGUGUGAUCAGAUUUGUCUUACUCAAAUUAUAUCACUUAGUUAUAACAGACAUUUCAGUUUACCAAUUGAUUUGCUGAUUGAAGUUGCUAAGUUAAAUAAAUUAACAUUACAUUGUAUUAUUUUUGGCUUCAAUUGGUUGGAGUCAAUCGAAAAGAGUGAUUAUCUGAUGUUAUUUUUCAUUCGUUUAAUAAUUAAAUGAUUAAUAUCAGAAGGGGUUUUGUGAAUAACAUAGUCAUUUUAAUAGUUUAGAUCAUGAGUCAAUUGAAGCAAGACCACCAUGGAAAACCUGGAAGCACUGGGUCGCCGUUUCUUCCUAUUGUAGGACUCCUCAGCAGUAUGCAUCCACGAUCCCGCCUCGCGUGGGGUCCCACAAUAGGACGAAACGGCUGUCCAGUUCUUCCAGGAUUUCAAUGGUGGUCUAGCUCCAAUUGACUCAUGAUCUCGACUAUUAAAAUUAAGUGAUUCUCUCAUAGUUGUCUGGCCAUGAGUUACUAUCUUCAUUUGAACUGUUUUCCUUUUCUAAUCAGAGUGAAUUUUAUAAUGUAUGCCAUACUAAAGCUCAAUAUGAAGAAAUUGGUCCAGCAAUAUGCCGUCAUAAUCCUGUAUUUGGUACAAUGACUUAAUCAUUGUAACCAAUUGCAUUGGAUUCUAUUCUAUUUUUUACAUGAUUUUGUUUUGUUGCUAUGUUCAUUUUUUAUUUUAUUUUAUGAAUAAUUUGAUGCGUGCAUGCGUUCGUGUGUACCUACAUUAAACUGUUGACUUCAUUCAUUGCCCUCAGUUAUUCUACUGUUUAUCUUGUCUUUCUAUUCAAGUUCGUUUUUUGUGAACUAACAAUUUUGUAACCGAAUUUGAUCUUUACAUUUUUAUUUGUAUUCAAAUGAUGAGUUAUCUGCUUCUAAAUUGUAGAAUUUCCUCUUGUGAUCGUUUAGUUUCAUAGACUUUAGUGUAUUAUUCUGGAUAAAGAAUCGAAAGCUAGACGAAGUAGAUUAAAGUAUCAUUUGAUAAAUCUCUAGAUUCAUUGACA